UGCUGUCGUCAUUGACUAGUCCUUCCAUGAUUGGUCCGCGGCAGGAAAACGGAAACUUUUCGCGCGUUCUGCGGUGAAAGUUCACGAAUUAAAGAAGAGUGGCGGGAGUUAUUGUCAGCCGGGGGCUGCCGUGAAGAAGCCCAAACCCAAGACAUGGAGUUCAAAAGACGAAACGGCGGCCCAGUAAUGGGUGGUGCAUCCCAGCCCAAGCGAGGCAGAACGGGUGGUGACUGGGAGGACAGCCCAUCGCUCUUUGAAGAGGAGUUGUGCAUGUUUGAGGAAGCAGAGAUGGAGGCAGAGGACAGGGAGGGGCAGGCAGGGCACGACGUCAUUCCUGUAGGUGACCUCUUCUCGGCAGACCUUAACCCUCGCUGGCGGCGGCCUCAUGCCCCUUCGCUGGACUCGGAUUCUGACACGCUGGUGUUUCAGCAAAUUGACCUUGACUACUAUUUAGGCUCGGCGGUGGCUGGCAUGCCCGGCCAGCUGCAGGGAAAGGUUCCAAUCAUCCGGAUGUUUGGUGUAACAGACAGCGGCAACAGUGUCUGCUGCCACGUCCAUGGGUUUGCACCUUACUUCUACGUACCUGCACCAAAUGGGUUCACAUCCGAUCACUUGGGUGAAUUUAAACGGGAGCUGAACUCUGUUGUGCUGAAGGACAUGCGCUCCAAUAAGGACAACAUCUCGGUCACAGUGCUGGCUGUGGAUAUCACCCGCAAAGAGAGCAUGUAUGGUUACCAUGGGAGACGGAAUCUGGACUUCUUGCGGAUAACCAUGGCGAUGCCUCGUCUCAUCGCCCCAGCAAAGAGACUGCUGGAGCAGGGCUUUAAGUUCGGACCUUUCCCCAUCCAGAAUUACCAGUCCUACGAGGCCAACAUUGAUUUUGAAAUCAGGUUCAUGGUGGACACUGAUGUGGUGGGAUGCUGCUGGAUCGAGCUCCCCAAAGGAAAGUACAGAGUUCGUGAAGAGAGGAGCGCGGGGGAAACAGACCCUCACAACCCGGGGAAGGUGUCCUUGUGUCAGUACGAGGUGGAUGUCGGCUGGACGGACCUGAUCAGUCACCCGGCAGAGGGAGAGUGGCAGAGGAUCGCACCGCUCAGGGUCCUCAGCUUUGACAUUGAGUGUGCUGGAAGAAAAGGGAUUUUCCCCGAGGCGGACAAAGACCCUGUGAUCCAGAUCGCGUCCAUGGUGCAGAGGCAGGGUGAGACAGAGCCCUUCAUCCGCACCGUGUUCACCCUGCAGUCCUGCGCCAGCAUCGUGGGCUCCCAGAUACUGUGCUUCACACAAGAGAAACAGCUGCUGCAGAGCUGGGCGGAGUUUGUGAGGACAGUGGACCCCGACAUCAUCACUGGAUACAACAUCCAGAACUUUGACUUUCCGUACCUGCUGAACAGGGCGGCUGCUCUGAAGGUGACCCUGUUUCCCUACCUGGGCCGAGUGCAAGGCAUCAAGUCGGUCCUGCGGGACAUGAACUUCCAGAGCAAGCAGAUGGGCCGCCGAGAGAACAAGACCAUAAACAUAGAGGGCCGAGUUCAGUUCGACCUGCUGCAGGUGCUGCUCAGGGACUACAAACUGCGCUCGUACACUCUGAACGCCGUCAGCUUCCACUUCCUGCAAGAGCAGAAGGAGGACGUGCAGCACUCCAUCAUCACCGACCUGCAGAACGGAAACGAACAGACCCGGCGGCGUCUGGCCGUCUACUGCCUGAAGGAUGCCUACCUCCCCCUGCGGCUGCUGCAGAAGCUCAUGUGUGUCAUCAACUACAUGGAGAUGGCCAGAGUGACGGGCGUGCCGCUCACAUACCUGCUGUCCCGCGGCCAGCAGAUUAAAGUCGUCUCCCAGCUGCUGCGACAGGCCAUGAAACAGGACCUGGUCAUGCCGGUUGUGAAGACGGAGACAGGAGAGGACUAUACCGGAGCCACAGUCAUUGAGCCAGAGAAAGGGUACUACAGCGUUCCCAUCGCCACACUGGAUUUCUCCUCCCUGUAUCCGUCCAUCAUGAUGGCUCACAAUCUGUGCUACACCACUCUGCUUCAGAAAGGCUCCGUGGAGAAGCUGGGUCUGUCACCAGAGGACUUCAUCAAGACGCCGACUGGCGAUCAGUUUGUCAAGAGCUCCUUGAGGAAGGGACUUCUGCCUGAGAUCCUGGAGAACUUGCUGUCUGCCAGGAAGAGGGCGAAGGCUGAGCUGAAGAAAGAGACGGAUCCUUUCAAGAAGCAGGUGCUGGAUGGUCGACAGCUGGCCCUCAAGAUCAGCGCCAACUCGGUGUACGGGUUCACGGGGGCGCAGGUGGGCAAGCUGCCCUGCCUGGAGAUCUCACAGAGUGUGACCGGCUUUGGGAGGCAGAUGAUCGAGAGAACCAAGCAGCUGGUGGAGUCCAAAUACACCAUCGCCAACGGAUACCAGGCUGAUGCUAAGGUAAUUUAUGGGGACACUGACUCCGUCAUGGUCAAGCUCGGUGUUGCUACGGUGAGGGAGGCCAUGGAUUUGGGCAAGGAGGCAGCAGAGUGGGUGUCGUCCCAUUUUGUACAUCCCAUCAAACUGGAGUUUGAGAAGGUGUACUACCCCUACCUGCUGAUCAACAAGAAGCGCUACGCAGGCCUCUACUUCUCCUCCAGUGCAGACACACACGACAAGAUGGACUGUAAAGGCAUCGAGACGGUCCGCAGGGACAACUGCCCGCUGGUGGCUAACCUCAUCAACACCUGUCUGCAGAGCAUCCUCAUAGACAGGGAUCCCCAGGGUGCUGUGGCCCACGCCAAAGAAGUGAUUUCUGACCUGCUGUGCAACCGCAUCGACAUCAGCCAGCUGGUCAUCACCAAGGAGCUGACCCGCACCGCGCAGGAGUACGCCGGCAAGCAGGCGCACGUGGAGCUCGCCGAGAGGAUGAGGAAGAGAGACGCAGGCAGCGCCCCCAACCUGGGAGACAGAGUUCCUUACAUCAUCAUCAAGGCUACAAAGGGUGUGGCGGCAUACAUGAAGUCCGAGGACCCCAUCUACGUGCUGGAGAACAACAUUCCCAUCGACACACAGUACUACCUGGAGCAGCAGCUGUCCAAACCGCUGCUGAGGAUAUUUGAGCCCAUCCUGGGAGAGAGCAAGGCAGAGAGCAUCCUGCUCAAGGGCGACCACACACGCUGUAAGACCGUGUUGACCUCGAAGGUCGGGGGUCUCAUGGCGUUUGCUCAGAAGAGGAGCACCUGUAUUGGCUGCAAAGCUGUACUCAAGACAGACGCGGCUGUGUGUGAUUUCUGUAAGAAGAAGGAGUCUGAACUCUAUCAAAAGGAGAUCUCUCACCUUAACACACUAGAGGAGCGUUUCUCUCGUCUGUGGACUCAGUGUCAGCGUUGUCAAGGCUCCCUGCACGAGGACGUGCUCUGCACCAACCGGGACUGUCCCAUCUUCUACAUGAGGAAGAAGGUCCAGAAGGAUCUGGAUGACCAGAGCAAGCUGGUGGCCCGUUUUGGAUGGUGAAAGGCGCACACACACUCCUCUCCCCAAUUUGUGCCUCAUUGCGGACCUCACAGGCUCUUACAUUCUUAUUAUAUUCUUUCUUGACAUUGUAAAAAUGUGAAACUGUUUUUGUAUUAUGAAUCAAAUGACAUUAGCUAGCAUCUUUUUGUAAAAUAAAGGAAUUGUAUUUUUGUGCAAA